CAAUGCAUCAACAAGAACAACUGCAGGAAGAAAAAGACAGUCAUAAUGAAAUCUCGUGGCCAUCUUCUGGAACCGACCAGCAACAGCCUAUGUUUGGGUGUAUGGCUCGGAACGGAGAUCACACUGCCAUGCAGCAGCAUUAUGUUCAACAACAGAUUCAAGAGCUCGAGUCUUUUCGAAAGCACCACCAGCAACCGCUACAUUAUCCGCAGCCCAGGGCUGAUGUAAUUUCUCAAGUUCCAACCUCCAGCCACGAUCACAUCUGCUCGCAUUUGUACCACAAUGGCUAUCUGCAAGGACUCUAUGCCGAUUUGGUUGUCAGGAUUCAACAGCAAGGUCCUCCCGGAUUCAAACUAUUGGUUGAUGGACUAAUAUUCAACUUGCACAGAAUAAUUGCCAUUCGCAGCCCUGUUUUGGCAACACUUCUGCACGAGCAAGAGAUGUCUGGCGAAUAUCAGCCCAUGGCUUCGGUUAUACUUAAUACAGAAGAUCCAUGCAUUACUCCACAAGGUGUUGGAAUUGCUUUUGGGCAUCUUUAUUCCUCUAAUGGACAUGCACUUUUAUCUCCUAAACACGGUAGUAAGCCAGACCCUGAUCGCUCCAUCCUUUUGCGUGCAGUUUUUGCUAGCGCAUAUCUCCUCGGCCUUUCAGAUUUAAUUGCAAUGACCAGUGACUACAUCAAAGAUGAUAUCUCCUCCAGCUCUGUACUUGGAUACUGCCAGUUUGUUUCUCAGCCCAACUCUGCAAGAUAUGGUCCUGCCAUAACCCUACUUCGUGAGAGCAUUUUUACUUUUCUUUGUAAAGGCUUGAUUGGUGAAAUUUCUGAGAGGGUCGGUUUAAUUUGGCAGAAAAAAGACAGUGAAGGAUAUAAAACUCUUGUACAACUGUUUGCCGAACUUCCCUUUGAAUGGCUAAAGCGUACUGUCGAGUCUAAGUCGUUUGAGGUGGCUAGUGAAUUGGAACGGUUUGCAUUUGCAAAGGAGAUCAUUCAACUUCGUGCUCGCUCACGCUCUCCUUCGACACCCUCUCUUAUAAUGGCUGGUGAUGAAAAUGUGUUGCUUUCAUUUGGAGGUAGCAAGAUCAGCGGUAGUGGUGUCACCAUCGUAAGAAAGGCUCUUCGUCACUCCUUUUCUCAAUCCCUUGGACACAUUCAUUUGACCACCUCUGAAACCAACGGUGCAGGUGCUAACGGAUUUAAUCAUACACAGCAACUACAGCCUGAACGACGCGUCUGGAAAGCUAGUCAUUAGUCUUGCCUGGAUGAACAAAAAUGUUGAUCUUAAAAAAACAAUACAAAAUUAAAACUAUCAGUGUGGUUUUUUCUG